AUGAGUAAUGAAAAUACUAAAGCAUCGAAGGAAGGCCAAGGCGAUGAAGAAACAAAAAAAGCACCAAAGCGACAAAGGAAGCACCAAAGUGACAAAAGUGACGAAGGAAGCACCAAAAAUGAUGAAAGAAGCUCCAAAAGUGAUGAAGAAAGCACCAAACGUGAUGAAGAAAGUAACAAAAGUGACGGAGAAAGGAUGUUAAUUUGGUCUGAUCCAGAUCAUAAGAUCAAUGAUUGA